AUGAUCCCGCCAGCCAACGCGAUUCAGGAGGACAGUGGGAGCAAAGAGGAUGAACAGGAGCAGGAUGAGACGCCGAAAUCCCCCACGACCAGCGUCAGCCAGCAGGAAAGCAAGAAUACUGUGAGGCCUGAACAUCACAAGCGCAAGCUGCAAAGACUCAAGCGCUCCCUAUCCUUCAAGACCAAGAGCGUCCGUAGCAAGAGUGCAGACAACUUUUUCCGAACUAGCUGCGAGAACAAGACGGAGCUGCUCUCUGAUGUGAGCAGCAGCACGGGCCAUCUCUGCAACAUCGGGAUGGCCCCGCCGCAUACCACCAGCCUUCCCAUUCCGCCGGUCCCUCCAGCCAUUCCCUGCGCUCCUCCUCCCACCUCACGCUCCCAAUCACGCAACCCGCUGCAGGUAGACUCGGCAGGACACUGCUUCAUGGAGCACAUCUUCAAGAAGCCCACGUUCUGUGAUGUCUGCAACCACAUGAUUGUAGGCACAACAGCCAAGCAUGUGGUGUUCCUGGCGGGAAACACGGCCAAGCAUGGCCUCCGCUGCAAGGCCUGCAAGAUGAGCCUCCACCACAAAUGUGAGAAUGGCGUUGGGCAGCAGCGCUGCAUGGGAAAACUGCCAAAAGGCUUUCGGCGAUACUACAGCUCUCCACUACUGAUCCAGGAACAAUAUGGCUGCAUCAAAGAAGUAUUGCCCAUCGCAUGUGGCAACAAGGUGGACCCCGUCUAUGAGGCUCUGAGGUUCGGUACAUCCCUGGCACAAAAGGCAAAGAGGGCCAGCGGCUCUGAUUCCCCUCACAGAAGCUCGACCAGUGACUUGGACAAUGUUCCAGAGGAAGUUUUGGCCCACAGCAGUAGGCAGGAGCUGUCGAGAAAACCCAGUGAUGAUGUUUUUACAGCCAUGGAAAAUGGAACAGAGCGUAACCACCUACCAGAGGAAAAGGCUGAUGAUUUACCGAUGGAGCAGGGUGAGCUACAAAGGGAUGUGCUCAAGCUCAACACCUAUGUGGCCUUGUAUAACUUCACCGCCCAAGAGAGCCAUGACCUGGAAAUGAGAGCAGGAGACAGGAUCUUACUGGCUGACGACUCCAACGAGGACUGGUGGAAGGGGGUGAUCGAUGACCGGAUCGGUUUCUUUCCGGCAGCCUUUGCUCACCCACUACAAGCAAGGGACCAAGUGUUCAGAUGCCACAGGACGUUCAUUGGCUGCAAGGAGCAAGGGCAGAUCACCCUGAAGGAUGGUCAGAUCUGUGUGAGCAGUGAGGGCGAGCGCUGCGGCUUCAUCAAAGUCGCAAGCGGAAAGAAGAGAGGCUAUGUGCCCUGUGAUGUCCUGGAAAUCAUCUGAGACAAAGUGUCGGACUACGGAAGACACGAAAACGAAGGAUGCGGGAUCAGCCACCAGGAGGUGAGAGGAGGAAGAACCUGCUGCAAGUGAAGGAGUUCUUCUUCAGAGACCGGAGUCAGAACUUGUGCAUGCGGUGAUACUUUGGUCACUAAUUGCCUGCUUUGCAGCAGGUCAGAGUCUCCCUGUAAGUACAGAAACAAACGCUGAGACAACAAACUACUAACUGUUUGCAAGGAGACAAGAGAUCACUGUGUUACUGAUUUUAUUUCCUUCAUAGAGCCUAUUUGAGUGUGUUGCCUUCCUUCUCCCUUCGGUAUUUUUUUUCUACAAGUUGUUUCCAGCUUGAAUGGGCUUCCAGCUGGCUUUAAGAGUCAAAAAUGGAAACAAUUACUUGUUCAAAGAAAUUUUACAAGGUUUAGUGCAUAUAGCCUUCUUUCAGGAAUAGUUUAUUUCCUCAUGAUUUUAUAUUAUUGCUGAGCUAAUGCAAAGUAGUCAAAAGUAGCUGCUGUAAUGAUUAUCUGUUGUGAAAUGAUAAAAUCCCUAACAGGAAAGGGAACAGAUGGAUUUAUUAAUAGAUGUUAAGAAAGUCGUGAACAUUUGAACCUACUGUUUCCACUUAAAUAAACUUUAAAACCUAAUGCAAUAUGUCUGCUGUAUUUGCUGCCCUUUGACUGAACUAAAACAGAUUUUCAUUUAUUUAUUUUGAAAACAAGUGAGACAUGGCAAAAUGUCCAUGACAGACAUGAGGGAGUUCUUUCACAAGAGAGAAUCGCUCAAAGACUUUCAAAAUUCUCAGUGGUGUUCUAAAAAUAUCCCCUUCACAGAACCCAGAUUCACUGCUUUGAAUUUGAUCAUAAUCGUACUGUACACCAUGCAUUUAAAAACUCUCAAAUCUGACAAAAAUCUCCUUUUUUCCCUUGUUAUUUACCCUGUGCUUUUUUUUUUUUCUGUCUCCCAGCUGCAAGUGUUACCUCUCAAGUCCUAUCUCAAAAUACUGUUUUUAACUGGUUCAUAAUUUCCUUUGAUUUAGUAUUUUUAGUUGUGUCCAUUAAAAAGCUGAAGCCGCAGUAUAACCAGAAAAUUGAGCUACAGGUUUUUCGUUGUGCUCUGUUUGGCCUUUUAAAAAAAACAUUGAAUGUGGUCCUUCCUGUGCUUUUUUCUUUCACAGCUCAACACAUUGUGAACAGCCCCUCAGCAGAAUGUUGUUAAGUUUAUUUAUGUCAAGGUGGCACAAUGUAACAACUAGUUUGUCUGUUAAAGAUUGCUCUGCACUGAAACUUGGCUUAUUGACUGCACAAGAAUGCUUUAAUGAACAAAAUGUAUGAACAAGAAUAAAAUUGGUUUAUAUCAAAGUAAUCAAAUGUUUAUCACUGAUUAUUUCAGGAUAGUUUAAGUGAGCAAUAGA